GCACCAGCCAAAUGGCGCAGGGCUGGGGGGGCUGCCUCUGAUACGAUCCCCCACCACCACCCCCCGACAGAAACGGCCAUCUGCCUCCUCUUUUAACCAUUUGAAACCCAGCAGAUCAUUUCCCACCGACUUCUAGCCUCACUUGACACAACCGAGAUAGCGUCUCCGAAGCCAGCCGCGCACAAAACUGCCCGCUCUCCGCGUAUUGCGCUCAGACACCGAGAGCCGGGGCCGUGUGCACGUAGCCUCAGGCUGCAGGCUCAUAAAGGCGAAGCGGAUUUGAAUUAAGCAGCGGAUAACAGACAGCAACCGUGCAUCCUUCAGUGACGGAGGGAGGGAGGGAGAGAGGCAAGUGUUUUGUAUCUUGGAAGCCCCGGGUUAGGAGAGGGAGGGGAGGAGCGGAGAAUGAGCUAUUCUUGUACCAGCAGAGGCAACAGCCAGGACCCAUCGAGCGCAAAGAAGCCUGGCGGUGAUAAUCCAGACAGAGACGCCGGAGGCACAGACAGCGGCAGUAACGGCAGCCCGAAGCAAACGGCGGCGAUGAAAGUGAAGAAAGGGUGCAACUCGACCGACGUGGGGGUCCCGGUGACCACGGAAGAGGAGCUGCUCGCCAGAGCGGUGAUCACUCCGGAGGAUGUUCUGGGCUUACAGAAGAUCACAGAGAAUUACCUGUGCAGCCCGGACGAGAACAUUUACAACAUUGACUUUACCAGAUUCAAGAUCCGAGACAUGGAGACCGGUACAGUGCUGUUCGAAAUCACCAAACCUCCAACCACAGAUAAAGCAGGAGAGCGGAGGGAUAUUGACCCAAACGCCGGCCGAUUUGUCCGUUACCAGUUUACCCCGGCUUUUCUCCGACUGCGGCAAGUUGGAGCCACCGUUGAGUUCACAGUUGGAGAUAUGCCAAUAGAAAACUUCAGGAUGAUUGAGAGACAUUAUUUCAAAGAGAAGUUGCUCAAGAGUUUUGACUUUGAGUUCGGCUUCUGUAUGCCCAGCAGCAAGAACACCUGUGAACACAUUUACGAAUUCCCACCUCUGUCUGAGGACAUCAUCAGAGAGAUGAUCCUGCACCCAUAUGAGACACAGUCCGACAGCUUCUACUUUGUGGACAAUAAGCUGGUGAUGCACAACAAGGCGGACUACUCGUACAACGGUGGGACGUAGAGACGACACACUGACACGAGAGACAGGUGGAUGUACGUACAGACCUGAGGGACGAUCACAGUACACUGGUGGGGUUCAUAUCCUGUCGAUCCAGGUUUCAUCUCUUUCUCUCUCUCUCUUUCUCUUUCUCUUUCUCCCGCUGAGAGAAUUCCUUCCAGAAAACACCUAUACGGGUGUGUCAGUUAGAAUCUCUGUGUUUGUCUGUGUGUGAGCAAGUUUGUCAAAGCCUAAAAAGAAGCCACACAAACACAGACACACACACAGAUACAGACAGCUCAUGGCUUGGUGUGGCGUUGCUGUAACAGAGUGUGUUUUAACAUGAUAAGCCAGCAGAAAACGCCCAGUGGUUUUCAGUCUCUGGCCAUAUCAUGAAGUGAAAAAA